AUGGAGUGGCGUGGGUGGCACUGGCACGCGGCUUGGGCAAACUGGCUGCUGCUCGGCUGUGCUUUUGCAUGCGCUGAUUGCGAGGACACGGGGCUGUUGCAAACUGCGAGUCGCCCGGAUGCACUCUGGGCCCACGAGAUCUUUGCCGGCGUCUCCCUCUAUGAGGUCAUGUCCACGUGCCCGGAGUCAUCCGUGGGCAUCUCUCAAGGCUGCUGGAACUCCCGGUUCGACCUCUUCGACCACAACCGGGACGGUCUGAUCAGCGCCCAGGACCUCUCGAAGACCACCGCGGCCGGGAAGAACUUCACGCGGCAGGAGCUGCAGGCGGGGGUGGCCAUGGCGGCGAGGUGGUUCCCGGAAGAGGCUGGGCGGCUGAUCACGCACGCUCCGCUGAUCACAGAGCUGGCGCUCAGUGAGGACCUGGGAAAGAUGGGCCUGGACAAGGUGCCGGCCCCCAACGACCCCCUGCCCAAGCUGCCGCCCGCUUCCCCCCUGCGACGCGCACGCCUUCGACGCCGCGAGCGCGGCGGCGGCUCCGCGCUGGCGGCGCUGAGCCCCGAGUGCCUCCAGGGCUCCGUGGACGUGGCGGCCAGCACCCUGAGCCUCACCUUCAACAUCCUGGGCAUGACUUUGCCGAAUGGCAAGCUGGUGGCAGACAUCCUGCAGGGCAACAACGUGGUGGUGGAAAGCAUUGUCGACACCGUGCAUGAGAAGCAGGAGGCGACGGACAACUUGUCAAUCGCGCAGAAAGUCUGGCAAGUCUUCCAGAUCCUCCAUGACGAGGGCAUCUUCACCAUCGAUCGAUCCAUCCGCGCCAUGCUGGGCUUCCGGUGCCGGCCGCGCUGCGGGAAUCGGGUCUACCGGGAGGGCUCCGAAGAGCUCGACCUGGAGAAGGACGAGCCGUUCCGGUACGCCAAGGAGCCGGAGCCCUCCGCCUCGUGCUUGGCGCCCUGCAGAGCCCCCGCCAGCGAGUCCUUUGGCGAGGAGCUGCUGAACCCGGGGGACACGGUGCCCUACGAGGCGGCGAACAAGGUGACUUCGCAUCAGAAGCUGAGCUUGCCGGAUGGCGGGGAGGAGGACCACUACGUGCAGCUGGCGUCCGACCCGGAGUCCCCAGGCCACGAGGCGGAGCGACUCCUGCAGGACUUGGCCCACGUGAAGGCUAGCGUGGGGCACCUGAACAAGUUGGUGGGCUUGCUGGGCUUCAUCGCCCUCACGCUGACCCUGGGCUUGCUGGUCACAGGCUACGCCCAGCUCGGCCCAGGCGACCAGGCGCUGGCGCGAAGGUACGCGUUGCUGGCGUCCAUCCCGGUGGUUGCGCUGCUUUUCACCUGGUUCCACAUUUGGCUGGCCAUCCAGAUGAUGUUCCUGCCGCUGAACUUCGUAGGCCUCUGGCAGUACGGGUCCAGCGGCAUGGGCGUUGGCUGGCAGGGCCUGGUCCCCAGGAAGUGCGAGAAGAUGGCCAGGAUGUCCUACAAAUGCGCGCGGCCCUACUUAGAGGGGCCGCGGGACUGGCUGGGCCGCGUGGACUCGCGGAAGUUGAUGCGGGAGACGCGGCAGGAGCUGCGGCAAGUCAUCGACGGGGCCAUGGCCCACGUGCUGAAGAAGUACUACCCGCGCACGGACUACCGGAUGCCUGCGUCCAUGCGAAGUCGGCUCACAGAUCAAGCCUUGGACCAGAUCCAGGAGACGGCCCCCGAGCUGUGGAACAACUUCACGGAUCACCUCUGCCACGAGACCUACGGCAUCGACAACGACGGGAUGAUCGUGAAGGUCUUCACGGAGAACAAGGAGUUGCUCAACGAGUUUUUCCUGAGGCUGGGCGACCGGGAGUUCCGAUUCAUCGAGCACUGCGGGGCGGCCAUGGGCUUCGUCUGCGGUCUGCUGCAGCUCGUAGCCUUCAACAACUUGAGCCCCGAAGGCCGUUCCAUUUUCCUGCCGGUGACGGGGUUCCUGCUGGGCAUCGUCACCAACUGGCUGGCCAUUUUGAUGGUCUUCAAGCCCACCUUCCCGGUGCCGAUCAAGAUUUUCAAGUACCACCUCUGCGACAUCCAGGGCCUCUUUCUGAAGCGGCAGCCGGAGGUCUGCGUGCUCUACUCCAAGAUGCUCAAGGACAACUUUCUGUCCUUCAACAAAAUCGUGGGCUAUCUGCAGACGCAGCCGGAGCUCUGGGAGCGCCUGAAGUUGGCCUACACCGCCCACUCCACCAAGGUGCUUAGAGAGACUCUUGGGUCCUCAGCCACAUGGUUCGCAGAGUGGACCAUUGGCCAGCAGGGCUACAAGGACAUGGAGGAGGACCUGAAGUCCUCGCUGUUGGACGGGCUGCACCACGCCCACCAGCUCCACAAGGUCUCAUCUCAGUAUAUCUCCCAAGUCACGGAUAUCGAGAACCGGAACCGGGAGUGCCUACAGCGCAUGCCCCCCAACGAGUUUGAGAACCUGCUGCACCCCGUCUUCCAGGAAGAUGAGUGGAUUCUGAUCUUGCUCGGCGGGGUGCUGGGAGCCAUCGUCGGUGAGGUGCUCAAGGCCUCCUUGGCGGACAUGGACUGGUGGCACUUCUCCGUGGCCGUGGCCCGUGCCGGCGCCACCGUGGCCUCCUGGUACGCCUCGGGCGCCGCGCUUUUGGUGCUGCAGCUGGCGCUGGCGGUGCCCAACGCAGUAGAUUUGGUCCAGGGGCUCAAAGCAGUCCACGACCAGAGCCUGCUGGGCUUUUGGCUGCCAGUUUCGAUAGCGCCGCAAGCGGACGAGAUUCUUCAGAAGGUCGCCGCCAGUACAGGCCUGGCCUUUGGCAAGCGGCAGAUCCGGGCGGCGAGGGCUUUGCACGCCUUCUUCCCGCUGCGGAGCCAGCUGAGCUUCAUGAUCGCGCCCAUGAAGGUGUACCCUGCAGCCCAGCGCGAUCCAUCCUUCCCCAGAGCGAUGCACCUAUGUGCUGCCCAGUGGACGAAAUCUAUCACGAGAAGCAGAUUGAGUUCGUCUUCGCGCUGGAGAAUCCUGAGGACUAUAAGCAUCCCAAGGAUUUGUAAGGCCAAUCAACCGCCUUAA